AUGGCGAGCAUCGAUCGCUACAGGCCUCCCAGGGAAGGGUAUCAACCUCCGACCCUGCCCGCCAACGCUCGACCGGAGCGCGAAUCACGAUCGCGAUCACCAAGACGACGCGAUGCCAUUCCUCCUGCAGUUCCAACUCCUCCCCAGCACUCCACCAGAACCUCUCCCCCACGACCGCAGGCACGCCAGACCCAAGCAUCUCCUGCGCGAUCCGACGCACAACCCCCAGUAGCCGGUCCCAACCAAUGGUCUUUCACAGCGGAUGAGGUGCGAAGCACGCCUAGUAUCGUUGAGGGCAUCACUCCGACAGAUGAGAGAAUGCGCAGGGCAAAAGGUGUCAAUUUUGUUUACCAGGCGGGAAUCAUGCUGGACCUUCCACAGAUAACGUUGUGGGUGGCUGGAGUGUUCUUCCAUCGCUUCUACAUGCGCUACCACAUGUUACAAGAAAAGGGUGGAAUUCAUCAUUACAACAUCGCAGCAACAGCCCUCUUCCUAGCCAACAAGGUCGAAGAAAACUGUCGCAAGACAAAGGAUAUCAUCAUCGCGGUAGCCAAGGUUGCGCAAAAGAAUACUAAGCUCAUCAUUGACGAGCAAAGCAAAGAGUAUUGGCGAUGGCGCGACAGCAUUCUUACUUAUGAAGAAAUUAUGCUAGAACAGCUCACAUUCGACUUAAUGAUCGACAAUCCUUACCGGCAUCUGCUUGAGCUACUCGGCAAGAUCCAAAUGGUACACAACAAAAGCUUGCGACAAUCGGCGUGGGCUUUUUGCAAUGACGCUUGUCUCACAUCAAUCCCUCUGCUAAUAGAAGCACGAGACGUUGCCAUUAGUGCAAUUUGCUUUGCGAGCAUAUACACAGACAAACAAAUUGAUGAUAUUAACGGCGAGUCAUGGUGGAAGUAUCUGAAGGGCGACGAGUCCAUAUGUGCUCAAGCCAUCGAGGUGAUGCGCCAGUUUUACACGGAGAAUCCGCUUAGAAAGCAGAAUCCAUCGCUGCCAUCACCACCUUUCCAUCUUGAGAACACUAGAAAGCGUGACGACACCAGACCCAGCCAGCCAGACACAUUAUCAUCAACCACCGGGACCCCACUGGAGGCCGACCGUGGUAGCCGCAGUCCUGGCACGAGCUCUAGAGUUAACGGUGCUAGUAAGGACAGCGAGGGACGAUAUCUUGGAGGGUCCCAAUCUAAGCUUGACAAGAUCGAGAGCGCCCCUAGAUCGCCACUCAAGCGAAGAGAGCCAGACGAGGGCGAUGACAAGAGCGAAAGAGCAGAGAAACGGGCCAAGCUCUCGGAAGACGAGGAGGGUGAGCUGGUCGAAGACUGA